AUUACAACAUCAGCUGCUACGCUCAGGGGGGCAAAGGUCACAUCAGUAAUGAAGGUUCUGUCACCGUAGCAGCUUCACUCACUAUCGCACUUGUUUAUCUUUUAAGAGGAACUUUUAAAAGCGGGCGAGCUUCACCGCAGCCAAAAUGGAAGAGGUCAUGGCACGGCUUGUGGGAGUCUGCAGGGAAGGGGAAGAGGACUACCCAUUUCUCGCCAGACAGAUUCCCCUGUAUAUAGAUGAUAGUCUCACGAUGGUGAUGGAAUUUUCUGACAGUAUCAUGGAUGUUGGCAGCCAGGAAAUAAACACUUCUCAUUGGAAACAAUUUUCUGAGUACCACUCCAAGUUGAAGCGACAGGAUUUGAAUAUUGCCAUGAUGGUGACAUCCAGAGAAGUGUACGGUGCAUUAUCUCAGCUGGUGCCAUGCGUGGGCUGCAGACGAAGUGUGGAGCGCCUCUUCUCGCAUUUAGUGGAAUCUGGAAACCCAGCCUUGGAGCCCCUUACAGUGAAACCCACGGGCAUGCUCUCUGUCACCAAAGACUGUUUAGCAGACGUAAAAAAGCUCUACACCCUCUUCUACGUCCACGGGUCAAAGUUGAACAACAUGAUCGAUGCCAUUCCAAAAAGUAAAAAGAACAAACGCUGCCAGUUACACUCCUUAGACACCCACAAACCUAAACCCUUGGGAGGAAGCUGGAUGGACGUGUGGGAGCUGAUGUCUCAGGAGUGCAGGGAUGAGGUGGUCCUCAUCGAUAGUGCUUGUCUCUUAGAGACACUGGAGACAUACUUGCGUAAACACAGGUUUUGCUCUGACUGCAAGAAUAAAGUCCUGAGGGCCUACAACAUCCUUGUUGGGGAGUUGGACUGCAGUAAAGAAAAGGGGUAUUGCGCUGCCCUGUAUGAGGGAUUAUGCUGUUGCCCCCAUGAACGCCACAUCCAUGUGUGCUGUGAGACAGACUUCAUCGCUCACCUCCUGGGCCGGGCAGAGCCCGAGUUUGCUGGAGGCUAUGAACGCAGGGAGCGGCAUGCCAAGACCAUUGACAUUGCACAAGAAGAAGUCCUGACCUGUCUCGGUAUUCAUCUGUAUGAGCGACUGCACAGGAUCUGGCAGAAGCUGCGAGCAGAGGAGCAAACGUGGCAGAUAUUGUUUCACUUGGGAAUUGAUGCACUACGCAAGAGUUUUGAGAUGGCUGUGGAGAAGAUGCAGGGAUUUAGUCGGCUGGAGCAGUUUGUUGAGGAGCUGUCUGAGGAGGAGAGGGUCAAAGAGCUGAAGCAGGAGAAAAAGAGGCAAAAGCGAAAGAAUCGUCGCAAAAACAAGUGCGGCUUUGACAGCUCUGAACUGCAGGGAGAUGACAAGGAGAAUAUUCUGGCGGAGGUUUCUCUUGAGUCUAUCAAAGCAACUUGCCAAGUGUGUGGCAGCCCUGAUGAGGAGAAGGAGGAGGCCAGAUGUGAUCAGACCACUGCCGCCAAUGGAAGCACUCCCUGUAGCUGCCCAGACAACAUCAAACGGGAUUUGCCUGCCCACAGCAAUGGUAGCGACUGCGGAUACUCCUCAAGUAUGGAGGGCAGUGAGACAGGCUCCGGAGAAGGUUCUUGUAUUGCCUGCUCUGAGGGAAUGUGCAACCACAACGAUGCAGAAGAGGACUCACAUGUUCAUCACUGUGCUGAAGACAAGGAGGAGGAUGGGAUAGGCAGUUGUGUGGACUGCUGGCCAAACUCUGUGGAGAACUCUCAAUGCAAGAGUAAAAAGAAGAAACGGAAGGGCAAGGGUUUAUGCAACAAUCAGGGACAAACAUGUGAUGGUUGUAUGUCCGACGGGAACACGACGCGCUCAGGUCCUUCAUCAUCGCACACUUGCCGAACAAAAGCAAUCCUUUCCUCCUUAUGUGGGAAUACAUUUGCCAGCAUUGCACUGCAAUUACCUUGGACAGCAACUCAAACCAACCUGAGCCUUGAUGCGAGGCCUCCAGAGGGCAACGCGAGUCUCUUGGAACUUCUGGAAGAUUCAGAAGGGCGCUCAGAUGAAGGGAACUGUCUGACACAGGAUGAAAUCAGGGCCUUUCUGGAAAGAAACCGGUCUUUCUACAACAACCGCCACCAGUACAGACAACUCCUGAAAGAGAAGUUCACCAACUACUGCCGUGCCACUGAGCGGAGUAGGCCAGAGUGUGGGAGGUGCUGUACCACCACCCGUGUUAAAUAACUGGGGGGGGGGGGAAAACAUCCAUGACCACUGCUGCAACGUCUAUAGAAAACAAAUGAUUACAAAAUACAUUGGAUGUUUAUAUUCCGAAAUUUCUCCCUUAAAGAUAAUGUGAUUUUUACUUUCUCUUGAUCAUCACUGUCUCUCUCUCUCUUCUUCACCUUUGCACCAAGACCCUUUGCACCAAGAUCUCAUUUCUGGGCUACUUUCUCACAUAUAUUUGUUCUCUUUGACCAGGCCGAGCUAUUUGUUGUUGGUCUUCUGUAGGAUAACAGUUGUUCGGUAAUAGCACGGCGGAAUUCAUAAUUGAUAAAGCUUUGCAAGCUAGCACAUUAGGGAUACAUUUUAGGAGUCUUAUUUUGUUUUUCUCUUUGGUGACACUUGGUGGUAAUGGUUGUACCAUGAAAUGUGUACAGACAUUCUAAAUGUAAAAGAUUUUACAGAGAAUAAACAUCCAUUUGUAAUAAGCAUUUGGGUGUGAUAAGAGCGCAAUGUGCGAAAUUUACUAAAUAAAUAUUUAUUAAUAUGCAUUA